CUGUACCACGAUGUGAUGCUGGAGAACUUUGCACUUGUGAUCUCACUGGGUUGCUGGUACGGAAUGGAGGACGAGGAGGCACUUUCUGUGCCACGAAUGUCACUGGGCAAGGCUACAGAUCCAGGUCCACCCGUGUGGAAAGCUCAUCCCUGCGAGAAGUGUGUCUUGGUUGGGAGAGAGAUUCUGUACCUGGCAGAGGACCAAGGACCACAUCCGGGCCAGAAAUCCUACACCUGUGAGGCAUGCGGGAAGCAGUUGUGGUUCAGCACAAGCCUUCACCAGCACCAGAAGCACAACGAAGAGAAGCCAUUCAGUUGGGACAUGGAGGUUGUGACAAGCUACAAGUUGCACGUGUCAGGGAAGCCCUUCCCCUGCGGGGAGAUAGGGAAGGACUUCCUGGCCAUAUUGAGUCUCCUCCAGCAUCAGGCCACUCUCAAAGGGGCAAAACCACACAGCAGCUUCGAGCACGGGGAGUCCUUUCAGGGCGGAAAAAGUCCGCACACAUGCAGCGACUAUGGGAAAUCAUUCAGCUGUGACUAUAAUAAACUCUUCCAGCCUCAGCAGCUUGACCCUAGAGAAAGUUCCCAUGCCUGGGAGAACUGUGCGAAACCUUUUAACCAAAGCUCCAUCCUGAGUAAUUGCCAGAGAGCUUACCCAGCAACAAGGUCUUACGAGUGCAACGAAUGUGGGAGAUCCUUCAGCCAAAGCUACAACCUCAUUCAACACCACAGAAUUCACACUGGCGCAAGGCCUUACAAGUGCAGCGAAUGUGGAAAAGCCUUCAGCUUCAAAUUCAGGCUUGUGCAGCACCUGCAAAUUCACACCAGAGUGAGACCCUAUGCAUGUAGCGAAUGCGGGAAAGCCUUCAGCUACAGCUCUACCCUCAUUAAACACCAGAGAGUUCACACGAGAGAGAAGCCUUACAAGUGUGGCGAGUGUGGGAAUUCCUUCAGCCAAAGCUCCAACCUCAUUCAACACCAGAAAAUUCACAGUGGAGCAAGGCCUUACAAAUGCAACGAAUGUGCAAAAUCCUUCAGCUACAAAUGCAAACUUGUUCAGCACCUGCGCAUUCACACCGGAGAAAGGCCUUAUGAGUGUGGUGAAUGUGGGAAAUCCUUCAGCCACAGGUCCACUCUCAAUCAACACCAGAGAAUUCACACUGGAGCCAGACCUUAUAAGUGCAAUGAGUGUGAGAAAUCCUUUAGCCAAAAGUCCAACCUCAUUCAGCACCGGAGAGUCCACACAGGAGAAAAGCCUUACGAGUGUGGGGAAUGUGGGAAAUCCUUCAGCCAAAGCUCCCACAUCAUUCAGCACCGAAAACUUCACACCAGAUAACCUCAUGAGCUCAACAACUGUGGGGAAAUGGCUCGUAAGCUACAUAUAUGUUACAUAUGUGCAGCAGAUGUCGGUGGAAAGCCUUCAUCUAAACGUCCGGCCUUGUUGGGCCCCAGAAGGUCCUGCCCAGAAUAUGGCAUUUCAUAG